AUGAAAAAAAAAAAAAAGUCUAACGUUGAAAACUUGGAAAAAACGUUAAGAAAACGGGGUGGUAAAAUUAAGACAAUUUAUGAAAAAUGUGAUGAUAACGAACUUAAAGAUAUUAUAGAUAAUAAAAUAGAAUAUAUAUGGAAUUAUAUUCUUAAGAUUGAUAACAAAAUAAGUGAUGAUAAAAUGUUAGAAGAAGAAAUGAAACAUAAAAUAAAAAAAAAAAUCAGUUUUAAAAAAAUAGAUAACUAUGAUGAAAUUAUAUAUUAUAAUAAAAAUUUGGAAAAUCUAAUAAACAUUCAGAAAAUUCAAAAAACUUUACACCAUUUUAAUAUUAACAUAAAUAUUGAAGAUAUUAUAAAUAUGAUUUUAUAUUUUACUAAUAAUAAAUAUUUUAAAGAAAAUAUAGAAAAAAAUAUAUAUUUUGAAGAUUAUCUUGAUAAAAAAAAAACGGAAAAUAAAUUCUCUUCAAUUGAUAUUAAUAAUUUAUAUAUAAAUUAUGAUAUGUUUAAAUAUAUUUUUUUAAAUAUAGAUCUUAACAUAGCAAGUAAUGGAAACAUUUGGUGA